AAAUAUAGAGAGUAUCGGCACAUGUAGCACGGCAGUCUUGGCGAUGUUCCUCAUGCUUGCACGCGCACACGGUUUGCCCUGUAGUAAAUGGCAGCCCGACGAGGCAUGUGGGGGGAAGACCUGAGACUGGGCAGUCCAGUUGCAUUUUCUUCUUUGGCCAUCUCACGUUUGGAUCUUUUUGAACGUUUCCGGGGCUGGCUUGGCACAGAGGAGAGGAGAGGACAUCACUUUUGAGGCAAUUGCCGUGUUUUGCCGCCGUCUUGGCAAACCAGUGUGCAGCGUCAACAGCUCUAGCCACUUGAGCCGCUUUUGAAACCACCAAUCAUGCUUUGGUUUGCCGUUCACGUUUUGCUGUGGCUUGAGCUUGCUCUUUGCUUGCUCUGCUGCAUUCCGGGCGCUCGCUGGCGUCGCGCCAUCCGCUGGUUCAUUGAUCUACCCUUCGUGCAUGUUACAACCAAGGGAUUGCCAUACCUCGUCGUCAUCCUGAUGGCGCUGCUCGUCCAAUCCAUCUACAUCCAAGUUAACGCCCGUCAACACGGUGAGGAGGCUCGCGUGAUGGCUGGUCAGAGCACAACCAUUACGCUCUACGAAGCCAACAUGUACCGGGCCCAGCGCAACACGUACAUGGCCGCCAUCGCCCUCCUCGGCAUGCUCAUGCUACGAGAAAUCAUUCAGUGCGUUACCCCGCCCCGUCCGCACCCACCCACACACAUACACUUUUGGGCUCAACUGAAAAGCAAGGUGCUCACUUGCAUGUCCGUGCCCCUUCUUCAUCGCACCGCCAGCUUUGUACGUCGCUGCGUCGAGUAUGAAGAUGAAAUUGCGCGCCUCAAAUCGGAGAUGGAGUGGUCCGAUGGCGCUGUGCAAGAUGAGAAGCAUUUUUCCGAGGCCCGCAAGCAAGCCGCCGCUGAAAAGCUGCACAGUGCCAAGGAGGACAUCAAGGCUAGUGCUAAACACGCUGCGCGCGAGGUGAAGCAAGCCGUGGACCAGCUCCAAAGCGACAAGAAGCAAGAUUAA